UGUCUGGUGUUUCUAUAAGGGCGGUUUGGCGCAUUGUGGUGUAAUCUGCUAAACCCACGCUGUCGUGAAUCUUGUCGCCUACUGAUUAACAGGGGGACAUUUCUUGGAUCACUUAUUGAUCUGUACUAGAUCAACGACUCCGUGUACAAUGCUUCGAUCAGCGAUGACUGAGACGGGGUCAUAUAGAUGUCUUCACGGUUUACCGCAAACACCCGGACUUGAAUGACGUCACAAUGCACUUCAAUCAGCGAUGAUGGAAUGUUUAGGUGAUACGUACGUGAGGAUGAUUAGGCUCCAUUGUGAUCGUCUACAAGAUGUUUGGAGAAACGAAGAGAUAUUUGUAUAGUAGAUUUAAUUAUGUUUAUACGUGCAUUAUCAUUAAGAUUUAAGUGUUGAAGCGAAUGUUAUUUCUCUCAUAAAUCAAGCGAUUUGUUGCAUAUAUGUUUGUUUUUGUUUUUAUACGAUUAUUAUGCGUAUCGUCCGAAAAAUGAGAAAAACAAAACAAAAUAUUUAUAUCGAUGUGUUUACUCUGCAUUGCAAUAAAUUACAUUUCUUCCCUAUCUCGUUCGCCGUCAUUUAGCUGGAAUAUUGCUGAGUGCAGCGUAAAACAACAAACAAACAAACCAUAAUCAUUAUCUCGUUACGAAUAACCAAACUCUUACAAAAGUGUGCAAAUAUAUACAGUAAACUACGGUUAUAACGAACUCAAAGGGACCACUAAUUUUAGUUCGUUAUAUCCGUAGCUCGUUAUAAGCAUUUCGACUGUCAGACACUAUUUAUGAAAUUAACAAGAAGGCUACGAAGGCAGUACUUAUUUAUAUUUAUAAUAUCAAAUCAUCCAUGCAUAGCGUGUUUUGUUGAACUUGAUUGAGUUGUUCAAUGCGACGCUUGCGCUAUCUAAGAGACUGGUCGAUCUUACAUUUAGAUGCCAGAGUAAACAUUUGCCACCUACAUGUUUAAUUUCUAUCAAAACAAUUCUUUCAAGUGAGACAGGUAUUCUCUGCCUCAUCAAAACAUCCGAGACAAGAUUAUAAUUGAAAUGUCUUAGGUCAAUGCGCUGUCGCGUGUGUGAUCUUUCUCGUGAACCCGUUACUGUUAUAACAAAACGCUUUCUCUGAUUGGUUGCUUUCUUAAGACGUCUGGCUUCUUAACCAAUCACUGGCCUCGACAAGCGUCGUCGCGGGUAAUUCGCCUGUCUGAAACCGCCGUGUCGAUUGAUGGCUGCCGCAGUGGCGACCUUAGCAUCACUAAUCUGUUCGGGUCGAAGGGGAGCAUCUCCAUAUAUAACUCCAGCAGAAGAAUAAGGGAUAUUCAGCAUAUGCCAAGGCGACAGAAACACACGUGUUUUAUUUUGUGUUUUGAGCAAGUUCGUUGGACAGUUUGAUACAAGCCAGCUCUCUCACGAUCAUGAUAAUGAACGGACAUGGUGGUAUCGCCCCGCUUGAUGGCUCGGUGAAGUUUGUCACGCGUUCCUUUCCACACGAACGUCCGUCGUUGCAAAUUCCAGAUCAUGGGCCACCAGUGUGCACAGGCUGCCAUCACGUCAUCCUGGACGAGUUCGUGUCGAGAGUCCAGGGCAGGCCAUGGCACUCAGGGUGCUUGAGGUGCUCUGUGUGCCACGAACAUCUCACCUCCACGUGUUAUGCCCAAGGAAGUCACUUGUUUUGCAAAGAACACUUUUUCAACAGGCUACUCGGUGCGUGUUGUGCUGGGUGUGGGGGAGGGAUACACCCAACGGAACACGUGAGACGCGCCCACGUAAAUCUGUAUCACACAUCGUGCUUUACCUGUGUUGUGUGCGAGAAGAACUUAGAGACUGGGGAGGAGUUUUUCCUGCGAGAUGACGGGGCCCUUAUCUGUAGCCAUGACAACAAUAACAAAGACGCAGGCCAUGGAUCAAAAGCUAGUAACGAAAGGAAAUCACGAACAACCCUAUCAGCCAGCCAGACGGAAGUGCUCUCCAACAGCUUCCGGUCAUGCUCAAAGCCUUCCCGGCAGAUGCGAGAGCACUUAAGUACAGAAACUGGCCUUGAUGAAAAAGUCAUCCAGGUGUGGUUUCAGAACAAGAGGGCGAAGUGCAAGAGAGAUGAACAUCAUACAUCUGAGCCCUCCAUAGAUUUAAAACAUCACCAAAGACUGGAAUUCAACGCAACUCAGACUACAGUGCCGUUGAACGGAGGCUAUGAAGACGAUCGAGUUUCACACGACGUCCUCCAUGCCGUUCCCCAUGAGAACCAACACGCCCAUCACGCUGACGUCACUUGGGGAGCCGAGUUUUGGGAUGCGCAUUUCCCGCCAAGUUUCGACUUAACUGAGGAUGAAAUAUGUUCGAGUCAAGGCGCGUGGGGAGGCUGUGAUCAGAUGAUGAAUUACAGACAUUAA